CCCACAGAGAGGCGAAGGUGCCGGACUCCCAGCUGUGCUCUCCAGGCCAUCCAGCCCCUCUGGACUUUGAUCUGCUCACUUAAACAAGCUGGAAAUGCUGUGCAAGCCCAGUCCAGCCAUGAGCUGAUGAGGAGGUCAGGGGAGUGGAAAGCAGACUGAAGACCUUCAGACCCAUCCAAAACCUCCUUUCCUGGAGUCAGCCUGCAGGCAGUGUCUGUCUCGCAAUUUCCACUUUCAACAGGGAAUCCUGCCUCCCCUCCUGCUGAUUUUCUGCGAACGUGCUGGUAUCCAGGAUGGAGAGAGAAGAGAGGGAGACCCUGGCCAAUGAGGUGGAGGAGAUGAGUGGAAGAGCUGACGUGACCCUGGACCCAGACACCGCCAACCCCUUCCUCAUCUUGGCUGGCGACCAGAGAGGCGUGGGACGGGGGGAUGAGUGGACCUCGCUGCCCAACAACCCCGAGCGGUUCGACACAGAGCCGUGUGUGCUGGGCAGCCAGGGCUUUGCCACAGGGAGGCACUGCUGGGAGGUGGAGGUGGCUGACGGGGGGGACUGGUGGGCUGUGGGGGUGGCUCAGGAGUCUGUCAGGAGGAAGGGGGUCCUCAGUUUUACCCCCCAGGAGGGGAUCUGGGCUGUGGGGCAGUGGUUUGGACAAUACCACGCUUUCACCGACCCUGACUGGACCCCCCUGCGCCUUGCCUGCCUCCCCAGGGCCAUCCAGGUCUGCCUGGACUUUACAGACAGGCAUGUGGCAUUUGCUGAUGCUGAAAACAAAGCCCCGAUCUUUGCUUUCUGCCUGGCUUCAUGUCCCGGGGAGAGGCUACGCCCAUGGCUCUGGGUGGGGAUGGACUCGUGGCUCAAGCUGUGCCCCUGACAGAGAGGCAGCGUGGGUGGCAGGGGGGAAACUGGAAAGGCAAACACCAUCAUCUUGGGUCUUGGUGCUGGGCUCUGGGAGGGUCCUGCGUCCUGCCGGCUUCUCCUCCCAUGGUUCCUCUGGCCACCAAGCGGGAGGACUGGCAGGUCUUGGAGAAGGAUGAGCCUCCUUCAGAGCCUCCUUCAUCCCCUCCACCCCACAGCUGGGACUGCAGAGACAACAGGGAGCACAGAGAUUCGGUGCAUGAAGGAGCCUGGUGCCAGGUGGCCCCAGGGCAGAGAAGUGGCGCUGAGUGCCCGGGCCCUGCAGAGCUGCUCUGUACAAGGCCCUGAAAAAUACAGCACGUUCAAACUCCUUAAAAGGUGCUGGAGUAGUGUCUCUGGCUUUUUUCAAUUAAGCUUAAUGAUUAAGUUAAAAAAAAAAACAAAACAAACAAACAUAGCUGGAUGCUGGACCUCAUGAUAACACUUAUCUUCUCCAUACAUCCAAAGCCUCUCCUUGCCUUAUUUCCAGUUCUCACUGACAUGUGCAUUAAGCAAAUUUCUUACAGCAGAGCACUAGUAAAAGUUAUAGGGACAGCCAAGGAAGGCAAGCAAGAAAUUGAGAAGUGUCUGAAGUCCACAGGCAAGCCAAUUCCCACAGAUCUGCCGUCUCUGAUCUCCCCCCAUCAAGGACUCCUUUUCCUCACAAAGAAUAGACUAGACUAGACUAGUUCAGUUGGAAGGGACCUACAAUGAUCAGCUAGUCCAGCUGCCUGACCACUUCAGGGCUGACCAAAAUUUAAAGCUUGUUAAUAAGGGCAUUGUCCAAACACCUCUCAAACACUGAGAGGCAUGGGGCAUCAACCACCUCUCGAGGAAGCCUGUUCCAGUGUUUGAACACCCUCUUGGUAAUGUCAAGUCUGAACCUCCCCUGUCACAGCUUUGAACCGUUCCCAUGAAUCCUGUCCCUGGAUCCCAGGAAGAGAUCAGCACCUCCCUCUCCACGUCCCCUCCUCAGGAAGCUGCAGAGAGCAACGAGGUCGCCCCU